AUGAACUGCACUUGGGAAGGCAUUGUUUCACAACAGGACUGGAACGUUCUCGACUUUACCAUGAUAGCUAUUGAGUGGAUCGGAAUGAUUCCUAACAUUUUAGCCUUUUUUCUACUCUGUCAAUUGGAUGGAAAAACCAGAACCAGCCUUCUCAUGCUUCGGACUGUUGUUAUUUGUGCAUUUCUUAAGCUUUUAAUCAAUUUUAUCGAUGAUAUUUGUCCACCUUCAAUUGAAACUGGGAUCUACGGACUUGAUUUCUUCAUAUGUGGUGUUUGGGAAAGCAGAUUCGUUUACUGGAUAUUUUCAAUAGUUGGGGCUCAUGCAUUGAUUUAUUUUGCCGCCUACCGAACGAUGCAAAUCGCGGAGCAUCUGCAGUUCUCUUUCGCUACUAGCGCAAACAUUGACCUCAUCUAUGUGGCCGGACUGACCAUUUACAGCGUUAUGAUAACGUUUCCUCAAAUAGUCUCAGUUCAGUUCUAUGGGGUUGGGUGUCAAUGUGGAAAGAAACUGAAUAGUGAUUGGGGAUCUGAACUUGUCUAUGCUCAAGUUUACAUAUUUUUCUCCCAAGUUUUUAUUAUUAAUUCAAUGAUACUGGCCAUUUGUAGUAUGAAUAUAAUCAAAUGGAUUAAAAACACACCCAAAGAGUCUUUUUACGAUACUCUCAACAUUUUACAUUUCAAAGAUGACACGUUGAAGAUGACACAAGCAUAUGAAAAGGAGUGCGGUUGGUCAACGUCAUCAAUGUGCAUUGUACCCAUGACUUUUACAUACACCAUUGCAUUUUCUUUCGAUACUACUUAUCAAUUUGUCAGUGCUAUCGGACUUACAUCGCAUAAGCAAAAUGACAUUUGUCACAAAAUCGCUCAGGCACUUCUUCUUAUUCAUCCAGCUGCAAUACCAUUUGUAAUCUUCUACUAUAUUCCCGCUCUCAGAUUUCGCGCGCUGAGACAUUGGAACCAAAUCUUGGUUUCAAUCGGCCAAUGCAGAAACAUAAGGUCAUGA